AUGGCAGGUCGAGGUGGAGCUGCUCGACCGAAUGGACCAGCUGCUGGAAACAAAAUCUGCCAGUUUAAACUUGUGCUCUUGGGAGAGUCGGCAGUGGGGAAGUCCAGCCUCGUCCUGCGCUUCGUGAAGGGGCAGUUCCACGAGUACCAGGAGAGCACAAUUGGAGUCUGUCUGGAUGACACAACGGUGAAGUUUGAAAUAUGGGAUACAGCAGGACAAGAGCGGUAUCACAGCCUGGCACCCAUGUAUUACCGAGGGGCGCAGGCGGCCAUUGUUGUCUACGACAUCACUAACACAGACACAUUUGUACGAGCCAAGAACUGGGUGAAAGAGUUGCAGAGGCAGGCUAGCCCCAAUAUUGUAAUUGCACUAGCAGGAAACAAGGCAGACCUUGCUACCAAGAGAGCUGUGGACUUCCAGGAUGCACAAACAUAUGCAGAUGACAACAGCUUGCUGUUCAUGGAGACGUCGGCAAAGACAGCGAUGAAUGUGAAUGAAAUCUUCAUGGCAAUAGCCAAGAAACUGCCAAAAAAUGAACCCCAGAAUGCUCCUGGUGGCCCAGGUAGGAAUCGGGUGGUUGACCUUCAGGAGAGCAGUCAGCCCAGCAGGAGCCAGUGCUGCAGCAAUUGAGCAGCCGUUCCUGCCCGACGGAGCCCUCGAAUGACGUGACUGGAAUCCACGCUAACAAUCGCACUUACCGUAGAGCGGCUGCUGCCGGUGGCUGCUGUGAUUUCUCCAUCCCUUUCUGAUCAUAGGCUGGAGGGAGUUCUUCCACCUGCACCUUUCUGUACAAAUACUAAUUCAAUUCUAAGUCUUAAGUCACUUUUUUAAUAUAUGAACUUCUGCUCUUCCCUCUUCCUGGUGGUGGUGGAUGCGUGACCUGGUGCCGGCCCAGCCCUUCCCACGGGCGAGGGCCGCAGCACCCAGGUCCCACAGUACUGCAGGUCACUGUUGGAAACAAAGGGAGAUUGAGACUAGGCAACCUUGUUUAAAAUUACCCGUAUGUAAAAGCUGAGGCUAAUACAGUACGAUAUGCCUAGAACAACCACUAAACUGUAGCAUUAUAGUGACAAACUCUGGCUUUUCAGCCACUUGUUGACCAAAUCAAUUACGAGUAUUCUGGGGUGGGGCAGAGGGAAGCAAAACUGGUUUCUUCUGUAUUUUGUAUUGUAUGUUUCUCCAUGUAACCAAUCAGUAUCUUGUCAAUAUAGUACAUACAACUAGCUGCCUGUUGUCUUUAUUUGUGUUGGACUCUAGCAUGCCAACUCUUUUUUUUUUCUAUCUCCAGUUCUGUCGUAAUGCACUAAUCCCGUUGCAACUUUUUGCAAGAAUCUUGUAUAGAAAAUUGUCCUUUUUUUGAUGGUUGUGAUGCCACUAAUGUUGUUAACCCUACUCUAGUGUGAAUACACAUGGUUUACUGAUGUACAGAGGUGGGGUGGGGGAAACCUCGGAUAACUUGUCAGUGGAAACAAUAUGUAUUACGAAAGCCUGUAAUUCCACAAAGUAUGAAGGGAGGUAUUAAAUGGCUUCUGUUGCCAGACUCUAACCGAUGUUGGCUGCUGCCUAGUGCCUAAUGCAAUGUCUUAUGCAUACUGGUAUUUAAGAGGAACUGUCAACCUAGUCUUCAUCACAAACUUCAGUUUUGUGUGAUUAAAAAAAAAAUUUUUAUAAACCUA